AUGGAGGGCGCUUUACUCGUUCCCCCAGAUCGGGGUAGUAUCAUUGGGAGAGCCGCGUGGAAGCCUCGAUAUCUUGUCGUUGGUCCGCCUAAAGAUGGUAGCCAACCGAAUACUGGUUUCUCUCAAGUCCUAUCCGCCGCUCGUAUUAAAGAUGCCAGCGGUCGAUCAUCUAAGUCGCAACAAAAGAUACAGCCCGAUCUCGUCUACCUCUCGAUAUACAAGACAAAGGACGAUUGGGAACCGGUUCAGCAGCACUCGAUGGCCUCUAUCACAAAUUGCCAGGUUCAAAAGCUUGCCUAUCGCAAACAGGGGCCAAUCCUUCCGACUCUUGCUGUUCAGAUAUCGCCAGAUCCUACUACUGACAAGUUACGGAAACGCCGAUCGAGUCGAACCGCAGGCUUAACUACUACUAAGGAAUCUGGACCAACGACGCUAUGGUUCCGCCUCGGCGAUGAUCGCACAUACGCACUAGAGGACUGGGCCCACUACAUACAAUCACUAAUGCUACCUGAUGUUCUUAAUAGACAUCCGAUCAGCCCGAUCAGUCCGAUAUCGCCCUCUUUCAUUAAUCCAUUUUCUCCCUCGUCAUCCCGGGAUGCGAACGAAUUCUAUGCCGGCACAUCAAGUGGAAGCUCCUCUAAGACGUGGACGAAACGAUAUGGCAAAUCCGGCCAUGUGCAUGCAUCAAGUCGAGAUGCUGCCACAACGUACACUUCGGGGACACCCAGUAUACGCUCGAAACGCAGCGAUGUCUCAUCUUCUCAUGCUAGCUCAAUGGUUCCCGUUCCUACAGGAUACCCAGGCCAACACUACACGACCGUUCACCCUUCGGAUCUUCCGUCGCCUGCUACCACCAUCGGUGGUGAAUAUCAAGACCAAUUUAUCGAGGGAUGGACAUCAGCACAAGGACGGUCCUCUACUCUAAGCUCGCCCGCCAGGAUAAGAGAAAGUAUUGCUUCUGCGCCGGGCCAAUUUCUACCUGGUUUCAAUUCCAGCUCGCCGCCAACGCAACGGGAAACCAUAUUAGAUAGGGCUUUCCAGUUACGAUGUAUUCCCGGCUCGGAUCGUGACGUACCCGGAGAAGAAAAGUUAAGCUCUAUUGCUAGAUUUGAGGCAUUGAUGCGUGAGGUAGAGGAGCGCCAGAAGGCUUUCGACGCGGAUAGGACGAUUACCAAGGAGCCGCUCAAAAGUACGUGGGAGGAUGACGAAAGUGACGUUGAAGGCGGUGUGGAUGAGGACGACGAAGAGGACAGCGAUGAGGAUGCUUUUGAGCACGACUUAGGUGCCGAUGAGAUCGGACCGUCCGCUCACAGAGCGCUCCAAUUCAUAGCUAAUCGUCACAGCUCGGGGAGAUCGCACUGGUCACACCAGAGUGUCAGAACUCUGCCUAAUUAUCAAGAGACAGGUUCGUCUAUCCUUCGACCGCAUACUGCGAAUUCAAGAUUAAGGCCUGCGGCUCAGCGAACAAAUAGCCAGCCACAUAUUCCUACAGCCUCGCUCGAUAUGACACCUAUGCCUAGUAGGGUACCAGAAGAAACGGUGGUCCGAUUAAAUCAUGAAAAACGACACUCAGUAUCCGACGUUAAACGCCUCAGUUUUAAUGAAUUUACCAAACGGUUGAGUGGUACUAGCAGCCUACUCCUCGUACAAACGAAUGCUAGCAACGGUAGUAGUCGGGGGAGUAGUGAGAUCGAUGGAUCUCAGCAAAUGACACCACCAAGAAACGGUGCGUUAAGUCCUAGAGGGGGAGCUAUGUCGCCGAGCGAGCGGGAAGAACGAUGUCGUUGGCGAGGUAGCGUUGGUGUGUUCGGCAACGAAGGUGGUUUCCUAUGA